AGGAACAAUACAAAGGGCGCCAACUACAGUAAAACCACAUAGAAGAAGAAGCAGCUUUUUUUAAACAUCUUUAUUGAUAAUAGACAUAUCAUAGAACACAGACAAAAUAAUCACAUAUAAAUAAAGAAGUCAUUAAUACACACAAAACAACAGUAGCCUACACCCAGGGGGAAUGACAAAAAUAAAAUAAUUUUUUUUUGAAUUAAAAAUUGUUUUAAUGUAGUGUUUGGGUUCAUUUUCAAAUACUAUACACAAAGGUAUAAAAUGGAUGAAUUUGGAUAUGGACAAAUUUUGCCAAACUGAUUAUAUAUAAUUAUUUUAAGUUUGUUAUUAUUACUGAAGAUACCCACAGUAGCCUACAUUUUCCCAGUAGAGAGAGUCCGAUAAAAAGUCAAUGGUAGAAGAAGAAGAAUAAGAGGAAGCAAAAGAAUAAUAAGAAGAAGAGGAAGCAGAAGAAGAAGAUCUUUGUUUGAACCAUCCAUGGUUAGAGCGCGUGACGUAUGACGUUUCCGGAAGUGUGGGCUGGCUACACCAUAGGAAGAAAAUCAAACACUGAAUAUGGGCCAGUCAGUGAUGAAACAGUUGUAGUAAAAGGACGCUGCGCUAGUAUAUAGUUUUUGAUUCAAAUUUCCUGUCAGUUUCAAGAGCUUUUAAUACAGUUUCAGGAACCCUGGGAGUUUUUCCUCUGAGUAAACUGCAGCCUGUCAAACAGCGCUAGCUAGCAUCAACAGAAGAAGUGUUGAAUCAGUUUAUCAGCUACAGCCGGAGAGUGAGCGAUGUUGUUGUGUUGCUUGUCGGUACAGUAGCUAACAAAUUCAUGUUGUCAUUGUUAGCUCAGUUGUUUGUAGCGAUUACUGUAACGUUAACCCUCGGCUCAUCGUCUCUGAUGCUCUGCUCUGCUUAUGAUGGCGUGGCAGUAGCCGCUGCUUUGUCUGCAUGAGCCGUGAAAGGAGUAUGCACAGCAAACACGGAUGUUUCUCUCUUCACCCUCUCAAACUCGCUACAAGAAACCAGAGGAGGAUAAACACCGUAUAACAGUCUCCACAGAGUCAGCUACUGCCAGCUGACAUCACUGUGUAACUUCUUUUCCCGGGUGUUGGACUGGUGAGCAGCGACUGAACAUGGAAGAUGAGCUGUUUGACCAAAUUGUGUCCGUGUUUAACCAACUGGUGUCGUGGGUCGCUGCUGGUGCCAUGGUGUUCGGUGGGGUGGUGCCGUACAUCCCCCAGUACAGAGACAUCCGCCGGACCCAGAAUGCAGAGGGGUUCUCUACCUAUGUGUGCCUGGUCCUCCUGGUAGCUAACAUCCUACGAAUACUAUUCAGAUUUGGCCGCUACUUCGAGACGCUGCUGCUGUGGCAGAGCAUCAUCAUGAUCGCCACCAUGCUUAUCAUGCUGAACCUUUGCACCAACGUCCGCAUGGCCACCGAACUCAACACCAAGAGGCGCUCCUUCAUAGCAACAGACAGUAAGGACGAGGAGGUCAGAAUCCCUAAGAGGCUCUUUCUGGACUUUGACUGGAGCUACUUCUGGUCAUGGAGUCACUUCGUGGACUACUUGCAGUGUGUGGUGGCCUUCACGCUGGUGGCGGCCUACAUCACCUACCUCCUCCUGGACUCUGCGCUGUUCGUGGAGACUCUGGGCUUCCUGGCUGUCUUCGCUGAAGCAAUGCUGGGCACACCGCAGCUCUACUGCAAUUAUCAGAACAAAUCCACUGAGGGCAUGAGUAUCAAGAUGGUGCUGAUGUGGACGAGCGGCGACACCUUUAAAACCGGCUACUUCCUGCUCACCCAGGCUCCCGUGCAGUUCUGGACAUGCGGCCUGCUGCAGGUCAUCGUGGAUGUCGCCAUCCUGUUCCAGGUUUACUACUACAGCCGCUACCCGCAGAAACCAGUCUCGCACACCGUCUCCCACACCACCAGUGCCAAAGCCCUCUGAGAUCCCCUGCAAGCUCUAGGGGGGGGGGGGGGCAUGUACAAAGGAGCUGUGGACAUGUACAAACUGACAUGAGUACCAAAGCACCUUGAGAUGACACAGGCUGCUCACUGUCACCUCUAAGUAUACAUAAAGACACAUACACACCCAUAAAUAAGGUAUGAACAUACACAGACACUUGGUGAUGUUGGGGUCUGCAGCAAUACCUGAAGGACACUUGUUACACACAAACUCAACCUUUUUGUUUUAUUUAUUAUCCUACUGACUUCUUCCCAAUGCGACGGUAUGCUCAUGUCUUGGAAUGCAGACUUCACAAAGAAUAUAUCCUUGAAUCAGCCUGUGCAUGUGGAGAAUAUUAUGCACAUACAUGAAUAUACAGAAUAUAUAAACUGCAGAUGUAUGCACUGAAAUCUGUGCUCAAGGAAAACGUGGACCAGCUGUUUUUCGUCCACAUACGUUGAUGAUUGUUGCAUGGACCCUCUGCCUUAAAACACACACAUUCAGACAUGGUUUGCUGCAUUACCAGCAAUAUAAAUGUAUGAGUCAAUCAAAAAAAAUCUUGAUAUACAACAUUACUGAAUGUACAAAAUGGCAUUUGUUAUUUAGUUGUUUUUUUUCCCCAACACAGUGGAGAAAUGCUGGUCAGUCUACCACUUGUUGGACAGAUGGUCACCAUGUGCUGUGACACAGGCUCUAUCCUUGUGGGAUAAAACUGUAAGAAACUAGAGGCAAUCAAAUUUUACCAAAAGAGAAAAUAAUCCCAAAGGUUUGGGGUGCAGUGCAUUGGCAUCUGCAAAACAAUUCGUCAUAAACAUUAGUGGCCUUCAGACUAAUGGACAGAUGAGAACUUUGUAGAAGACAGACGAGCAGGCUUCUGUUUGAAACCUGUGUUGCUGGAAUCAAAGGUGUUGAGUCACAGGAAACAUCAUGUAACAUCAUCAGCAUCAUCAUGGCCGGUGUUUGACCUGCGUGGGUUUUCAAAAAGCAAAUGCCAGCAUUUUUGUAUUGAAGCUGUUGAUGACAUUUUGUAUAUAAUUUUGUUCAUUUUCAUGUCACCAUUUCCAAAAAUCCUCACAGGAAUCAGUUUAGAUCCCAAAUCCCAGUAUUCUUAAGGUGCGUUCAGACUGAACACAAAGUGAACGUUAGACAAGGCACAAUAGCAUACACAGUCAUUGAAGCGUGUUGAGCGCACAUUUACUCUGGGACAAGGACAAGUCAUCGAGAGUUGAAAACGGGUUUAAGCCGUUUAAGCCAAUUUAAGCCAAACCGUGCUUUUGCUCUGGGUUUACGAAUCCACUCCAGAGAUCAGAGUAUGAGCUGUCACACAAAGAAAACAACAGACACACUCCACACAUACACACAAGCUGUGUAGGCUUCUCGCUAGCUACAGCCAAUGUCUGUAAUGUCUGUUUUAUAAUGUCUGCUUGGGCCGAUAUAAACGAAAACAUUCCAGGGGUCAAAUAACCCCAGGUGAAGAUGAGCUUCUCAUUCAGUCUGAACACACCUUGAGAAUGAAAACAGCAUUUAUACCACAGGAAGUGUCACGGAUUUGAUUUUGAUAGGUUAGCACCUCCUUAAAAGAUAACUCUGGUUUAUUACAACUUGGGUCUUCUGCUGCGUUUAUGUAAUGUUGGCAGAAUGGGAAGAACAGAGAAACCGAGGGUUGUCCGUGUAGGGAGUUAGGGAGUUGGCAGCUUUUGUUUCGUUGCAUUCAUUAACAAGUGAAAUCAGAUAAUGACAAACAGUGUGCAGCUGCUGAAUCAACUGUGAGUUGAGUUAAUAUUGGAUUUUAUUUGGAAGUAACUGCCAGCGUUGGCAGUGGGCUUUGUGGCCAGUUUGUCACCACUCUGUCGACACGUCUGUAGUUCCUUUUCGCCAACCGGGAGAUGUCGUAACUGUCCAAAUUUUCCAACUGAACAAUAUGAGGUAGAAGUGGUGUUGUUUUUUUUGUUUUCUUCUAAUUCUGGCCAUUGGAGUUGCCUGUAAAAAGGAUAAUAUAAGACCCAAGUUGUAAUGAAGAAUUAAUGUUCAAGAGACAGAUGCUUCUGAAUAUGGUCACAUCUUCACCACCUUCAUGUUGCCAACAGGAAACACUGACUGGCCAGUUUAUUAUUCAUAUUGCAAAUCCAAUAACAUCCUCCUGAUAUCCGUGCUCAUGACUCCACUUCACUGGGCACCGCUUUGGGCAGGUUGUACUCAUCACCAUUUUGUCAUAAGAAAGAAGCUGCAGCCACAUAUCUCAGCCACAGUGAAAACUUUCUUUCUUAUUGAUGUUGCUUUGUAAUGUUUCUCUGGGGAGAGAAGAAAUGCCAAACCAGGAGGUGUAUGACUGUCAGCCCUUCAGUGAACUGUGUACCAGAGCAGACCUGAUUCUGUCCUCCUCCUUUAAGCCUCAAGAAACUUCCCUCUUGUUCCACCGGGACAUGGCAGAAGUUUUCUAUGAAUAUUUCUUCCUCUUCUCUUAAAUAUUAAAAAGACCCAGUGGAUGACUCCUUGGUAUCUUAUCUUGGUGGAGGUGUACUUUUUGUGUUUAUACCUAUUUAGCCACCCUAUUUAUUUUGUUAUUUUUUUUUAUAGUCUUCAAUUGUCAGUGUAAAGUACAGUAUGCCUGUUCUUUAUUCAGACUGCUGUGAGGUUGACUGUUUUGUAUGGAUAAUGUGAGAUACCUGAUACAUGUUCUUGUUGUGCUCAACAGGAUCAAAAUGACCUCAGAGUUCCACUUUUUUCACUGUUUCAUUACAUUUCCUUUCUUUUCUUUUCUUUUCUUUUUACCUUGUUUUAUAUGGUUUGGUUUAAUUAUUUCAUCAUGUGAAGGUAUUUUCCCGUAGAAACUGCCAGGUUUUGCAUUGCCCUGUCUGUGAAACCCACACCUAGUUUGUUAAUGUACCAAAAAUACCAUUACAAGGAUGUUUUUUAUGCUAUUUUUACUAUAUGUGUUUGUUUAUGUUUCUUUUUUCUAUUAAAAUGCCAGCAGCUCAGCUCAGCAAGUAACGACAUCUAUCAACACUUGAGGCUGUUUAUACACAAAGUAUUGUCGAGAAUCUUGGCAUUGUCACCCAAUAAAGAGGACGGGGAGAGACCGAUGCAUCA